GUUUCGGUGAUCGUCUUGUUUUAGAAUUAAAACGUUUAGCUCCAAAAGAUGCACAUUUACGUAUAUCUGCACCACAAGAACGUUUAUAUUCUACAUGGAUUGGUGGCUCAAUUCUCGCUUCAUUAGAUACAUUCAAACGUAUGUGGAUCUCAAAACGUGAAUAUGACAGUGAAGGUGCACGUGUUUUGCAUCGUAAACUACUUUGA